UAUUUUGUCCUCACAGUGGUGGUAAUGUUCUUCCAUAAAAUAUACUUAAGGCUGUAAAAAUGUAAUUUUCUUUAAAGCAUCAAUUAAAAAACGUGAACGGUGAAAACUGCCAAUAAUUUAAAAAAAUCCUCAGUUGGUGUCUUCGGACCAGGAAGCCUAGCUUAGCAUCAUAGCUAACGUUAGCAGAUGCCUGGAAAGGGUAUAGCCAAUCAGAGGCAGAGAAGGGGGCGGGUCUUCCCACAGCUAGUCAGUUUAGUCCCUCCCAAUGCUAUUGUAGCUAGUUAGCUGGACAUGCUAACAUUAGUGUCCUGUACUGAUGUGUUUUAGGCUCAAGAAAGAAGAAGUAGAUCUUCCUGUUUUUACCCAGCAGGUAAACAAGGUGAGCUGCUGGUCAGUAACUACAGAUAGAUAUAACUACCUAAGAAAUAAUGAGGAAUGUACAGAACUUUAAAUGUGUGACUGAUGAAAACAUUGGAACAAAUUGGAGCUAAAAUCUCUAAAUGACUAAAAUGACUUUAAAUGAGUUUGCAAUGACUGUAAAUUAUUGUAAAUGACUUAAAUAACUGUACAUUUUUUAUGUCUUUAAAUGACUUUAAUAUUAUACUAUAAAUAUAAACACAUGAAUAAAUGUUUCUCCAUGAACAGUUGCUGUUAUUGUUGUGCAGCAGCAGCUGGCGUAGAUCUGUUUCUAUUCUCACUCAUGACUCUCUCUUAUUUAUGGCCUUCCAGCUACAGGCCCCGCCCCCUCCCUACAGGCCCCGCCUCCCACCAGCACGAGCUGCCCACGCGUCCUCUCUGCGCUCUGAUUGGCUGCACUCACCAACAACAGCCCGAAUGCACCAAUCGGAGAGCUCCGGCCUCCAGCGGCCUUGAGGUGUCCACGCGCUGGUGCUCGGUUCCCGGUAACGGGACACCGGACACCGGGGACAUCCUCCGGUAUAAAACCGACCUCGAGCUGUUUACUGACACAGAAAAACUAACCGCUCAUAAACCCUGAUAGCUACUAACAAAUUAAGUUAAAACACGUUUUUAAUCUCCCGGUGUCUCGCCAUGGUUCGGUCUCCCGUGAACCAGAUCAAGGUCUUCGUGCUGGUCUUCUCGGACCCCGGACGCUCCUUCUACUGCGGAGGAGACAAGCUGUCCGGCUCCGUGAGGCUGGAGGCGGCUCAGCCUCACAGAGUGACCGGCCUCAGGGUCUCCAUAGCCGGCUGCGCCCACGUGGAGCACCGCGGAGGGAAGAACCGGAGCAGCAGGAGUCAGGAGGAGGAGUACCUGAAGGAGGAGGAGGAGGUGCGGCUGGAGGAGCAGCUGUCUACCGACUCAGACGGUUACUUCCUGUUACAGCCUGAUAAAACUUACAGCUUCAAGUUCGGCUUCGAGCUUCCUGCAGCCGGCCGUCUGGUCUCGUCUUACAAAGGGAAGUUCGGUUACGUCCGUUACUCCGUGCGAGCUGUGCUGGACGGCCCUACCCAGAAUGCUUUGCACUGUGAGAAGGAGUUUGAGGUGGAGGAGCCGCUGGACAUCAACCGACCGGACCUGCUGGCUCCGGCUGCAGCCUCCAAACAGAAGAAUGUCACCUGCAUGUUCAUACCUGACGGUCAGGUGUCCAUCAGUGCUCGGAUCGAUAGGAAGGGCUUCUGUGAGGGAGAAGAGAUCAACAUCAACGCCAAGUUCGAGAACACCUGUUCACGCAUCGUAAUGCCGAAGGCCGCCAUCAUUGCCAAACACUCGUACCUCGCCGGUGGACGCAUCAAGGUGACGACUUCCUGUUCCUCAACGGGACGACUUCCACUGACCUCACUCUCGUGUUUUUAUUUUCAGGAGUUGCGUCAGAAACUGUCGACGGUUCGAGGAAACCACAUCAUCUCCAACAUGUGUGACGUGUGGCAGGGGAAGACCAUCAGGGUCCCAAAACUGAAGCCCUCGCUGCUCGGCUGUGACAUCAUCAAGGUGGACUACGCCCUCAUGAUUUACCUGCACAUUCCCGGCAGUGAGAAACUGAUCCUGGAGCUGCCUCUGGUCAUCGGUACGAUCCCGCUCAGCGGCGUCGGCAGCAGGACCAGCAGCAUGAGCAGUCAGGCUGGAUCCCUGAGCAGCUGGUCCUCCUUCCCCUCGGCCCCCCCCAGCUACAGUAACAUCCACAGAGACGUCCGGGUGGGCGACCCCCUCACCCCUCUGCUCCGUGACUACGACGGAGGGGAGGACGAGGAGGACGAGGGGGGGCUCUUAAUGAGAGCACCUGAACUGUACUACCCUCCUCCACCAGCGUACAGCAAGGUCAAUCAGGACACCGUGAAUCCUCCUCAGGUGGUUCAGGUCUUCUGAGGACUUCCUGUUUCAAACUGCCCCUCCGCCAUGACUGGACUGUCAUUCUCAGGACUGCAGCACUGAGCUGCGUGACGACGUCCUGAUGACUGUGUCCUUUCCUGAUUGUCCAACAGUCUUGUCAAUGACUAAGCAGUUUACUGAUUAUGAACAGUUUCUUGUCAGUGACUAAGCAUUUCCUGACAAUGAGUCGGUAGUUUACCAAUGACUCAGUAGUUUGUCUUUAGUGACUCAGCAGUUUCUCUUUAGUGACUCAGCAGUUUCCAUUUGAUUCAGCAGUGUCUCAUCAGUGACAGGAAUUUCCUGACAAUGACUCAACGUGUUUUAACACUUUAUUUAAUGUUUUUUGUUGUGGAAAUUUUUGUUGUGACUCCGUCGAAUGGUUGUUUUUCUACUACAUUGACAGGUUACAAGUUACAAUUGUAUAUAUGAUGUAAAUAGGAGCACAUGUAUAUUUUUUUACUUAAUCAAUAAAUCAGAGUCAAGUUAAACGACGCUUUUAGAGAUUUAGUUUUUUCGUCACACUUUGAUUCUCAAUCCUCCAGGAAUUACUGAAAGUCAGUGUGUGUGUGUGUGUAAUCUGACUCUGUUGUUUACUCCGACUAUUAAUGUCUCAGUCGCCUCUCGCACCUUUCUUCUACUGUUUAUUUUAGAGCUGCAGCACGUCUUCACUCUGAUUGGUCAGAUGUUGCUGCCAGGCUGCGUGUGAUUGGUCGAGGCCUAUUCAGCACUCAGAUUCCUCUUUCUGUGUCUACUUUUAGAAUUAGCGAGUUAAUGCUUAUGUUAGCGCUGCAGACGGACAGGAGGUCAAAGGUCAUGGCAUGCUGUAGUCCAGCGCUCACUUUAACUAGUGACAAGUGAACACACCACGUCUAGUUUAACUCAGGACGAGGUUCCCAGAACAGGAAGUAUGUUUCCAAGAAAAAUUGUAACUGUAGAGGUGGGAUUUAAUUCUGUUGACCUCAGACCAGCGAGGACGGGAACCUGAGACACUCUGAACUAUACUAUGACUUAAUUUUUUACUUUUUUCGACAGGCAACUUUCACUGAAAGGAACAGGGAUUCAACAAACACUUUAAUAAAUAAGGUUAUGAACAUGUCUUUAACUCGUCAUGUAGCUGAAGUUUAUUUUUCAACAAACAGAAACUUUUUCACAUGAGAUUAAAACACAUAAAACGUUGAUAGAAAAUCUUAAAAAACUUUUCAGCUAACUCAGAAAUCUUUAAAACUUGGGACGAAUAAAUGCUGAUGAGUCGUAUUCAACUGAAUGUUCACCCACUCACCCACCCACCCAUUCAUUCACCCACACACACAUUCAUUCAUUCACCCACUCACUCACUCAUUCACCCACCCACCCACUCACUCACACACAUUGAGUUUUGUCUGUUUAUAAAACUGUUGCUGGACGGUUUUUUUUCAGCUGUAAAAAGUGACAGAAUGCUGCUGAUAAAAUACGUGUUGAGUGUGUGUGAGUGUGUGUUCAGUGUUUCAGUAAAUAGCCUCGUCCAUGUUCUCGUCACUGUCUCCUCCGAACUCCUCCCCGUUAUCAAAGUAGGACAUGAUGUAAUCCGUCUCCUGCAGACACAAAACAGGAAGAAUUCAUAUUCAUGUUUUAAUAAACAUGAAUAUUCAUCGUGCUGCAUAUCGUUUGAACAUGUUCCGUAUCGAUAUAGAGAGAUAUAUUGUUAUGUUUCUAUAAAUGAGCUCAUUUAUCUAUUUUAUGUAAAAUAGUUCGUUAUUAACAUUCAGUUCAUGAUGUAAAAUAAUAAUAUAAUUAAACUGUCGGAACUCUAUCGGACCCUGUUCUCUGAUUUCACACUUUAACGUUUAUUUACAUAUUAAAUAUCAAAUACUUCUGUAGAUAUUUAUCACUUUUAGAAAUACGUCCGAGUUGAUGCGGACUUGUUAAGGUGGACGUCUGAGUUGAUGCGGACUUGUUAAGGUGGACGUCUGAGUUGAUUGAGACUUGUUAAGGUGGACAUCUGAGUUGAUGCAGAUUUGUUAAGGUGGACAUCUGAGUUGAUGCAGACUUGUUACGGUGGACGCCUGAGUUUAUUCAUGAUGUCUUACCUCCUCGAACUCUUCCUCGUCGUACUCUUCCUCUCCCUCAGCCUCCUCCUCCUGCUUCU